GUGUCUUCCUAUGCAAUACUCAGGUAGGACAAAUUAAAGGUCCUAUAUAUAAGAAGCAACAAAACCAAUACAAGACAGUGAGAAACCUUGAGAUUAUUGGCACAAGAAAAGAAAAUGAAAAUGGUGUGUCUAUUUCAUCUUCUCUUUCUUUGCUCUGUUUGCAUUGUAGUUUCUGGUCAAGAAAACAUUGAGUUCCUUAACCUAUGUGAAACAAGUGAAGACAUUGCAACAUCUUCAUCUCACAGUGAGUUUCCUUUAGCUGUUUCUUUGAACAAUGAAGACCUUAACAUGGUCUCUAGCAACAUUUUAUCAGCUGAAACUUGGCUUAGGUUAAACAUUUUCCCAUAUUACCCUUCAUCAAAAAUCACCAACAUUGUUGGGAAAACCUCAACUUUCUGCCAACAAGACCAAAACAACCUUAAUGUUGUUCUGUCUUCUUUGAAAAAUCUCUAUCAUUCCCUUAAAAGAUGGGGUUUAGAACAAGACAUCAAAGUUUCCAUUGCUUUUGAUUUGGACUGUUUUACCCUUAACUCAGCUACUUCCAACCAUGAUUUGAAAAUGUUAAAACCUAUGAUUGAGUUUCUUCAAACUGUUAACUCAACAUUUUCUCUCAUACCAAGUUCAAAGUUUUCACAUUUUUCUGAUAAAAGUUUGAACUUUGUGUCUUCCCAUUUAGAAUCCAUGAAAAAGCUUGGAUUUUUCAACCAUAACAAUAUCAUAAACAUUGCUACCAUUGUCCCAAAAGAGAGAAAAAUCACUAUUAGAAAACUUUCAGUUACCACAAUCCCUAUAAAACCAACCCCAAUUCCAGAAAUUGCUCAACCCCCUUUGGAUUUCCCUGCUGGUUCACCUUAUCCAGCUCCUUACAAUGUACCAAAUCCAAAACCAUUACCACCUUUAGCUCAAAUAGUUUCAUCUCCACCACCAAUUUCUUCUCCCUAUUUUGCCCCUCAAGAACAACCAUCACCAUUACCACCACAGUUUGUUUCUCCAGCUAACUCUCCUCAAAAUGGUUUCACUUGUCCACCUUGCAAUCCAAUAGAAAACGGUUCGCCUUCGGCUUCACCUUAUCCACAAAUUGCACCUGUUCAGAAACUUUGGUGUGUUGCAAAGCCUAGUGUUCCUGAUGCAACAUUGCAAGAAGCUUUGGAUUAUGCUUGUGGUGAAGGUGGUGCUGAUUGUUUAGAGAUUACUACUCCACAAGGGAAUUGUUACAAUCCUGAUACAUUGGUUGCUCAUGCUUCUUAUGCAUUCAAUAGUUACUGGCAGAAGCAUAAGAGAAUUGGUGGAACUUGUGACUUUGGUGGGACUGCUAUGUUGAUUCAUUCUGAUCCAAGUUUCCUUCACUGUAGGUUUAUUCUCAGCUAGAUUCAAGUGCAUGAAGAGUUGUUCCUGUGCUUUCUAUGAUUAGUUUAAUGUAGUUAAUUAAUGUAGAGAAUCCUAUGUUAAGACUUAAGAUUACUUUGUCUGUUGAUUGGUUUAUGUAUAAACUUUUAUAUUAUGUGGACCCAAUUUGGAGAAUUUAUGUCUUACUUAGAAACUACUACUUGAGUAUCAUGGACCUAGCUUUGAGCUUAAUUUUUGUUAUAAGGAUUUGGAUGCUCUUUGAAGUAUUUAACUAAGUUGUAUUUCCCUUCAAAAAUCUGAUUAGUGAUUACUGGUUA